GAGCUGAGACUCCUGGAUUACCGGCUGUGCCGGAUAGCGCUACUGAGAGCGCAUCAGGAGCUGACUAUAGCUCCGACGAUCACGAAGACAAAGUGAAGGUGGAGACGGCUGAGCCCGCUCGACUGGCAGAGCCAGGACGCCCGGCAGCGCCGGAGCAACUUGGUACGGCAGAGCCGGACAAGAAAGAUGAAGCUGCUGCGGUUCCCAAUGCCGGUGAUGCAGAGCAUGGGGACCGACGAAAGAGAAGGUCCCGCCAUAGGACAUCAGAUAGCCGAGAAGAUGCACGACAAGAGCGCGAAGAUAGAAAAAAGAAGAGGAGAGAGCGCCAACAGGCGUUGCAAAGAAGCCCAAGUGUCCGAGAGCCGAGGCAAAAGGACUCCCGACGAGCCCACGAAGGUGGCCGUAACCGCGGCAGGCGCAAAUCCCGUGAUGGGAACAAGGGCAGCCGCGAGGGAAGCAAAGGCCGAGGCAAAGGCAAGAAGGGCGGAAAGAAAGGAAAGGGGAAGAGAGAUGAUGGAUCCCGCUCGUCGGGCCACAGCAGCCAUGCCACCACGGGUUCCAACUGGCCAAGCCGAAGCUGGGAUGGAAGUUGGGACGAUGGUUGGUGGGGUUGGCAGGAUUGGCAAGGCUCUCAGAGCUAUGGUUCCCAGAGUUACGACUGGGGAGGCCAAUCCUAUGGACGAGUGCCAUUGUCCUCGAAGCCCUCAAGGACCGGAUGGUACCCAACCGAUGACGGCAGGUACUCCUACUGGAAUGGACACAGCUGGGGUGAUUGUGAAUCAUCACCCCCAGGAAGGACCCGGGAAGUUCACUCUAUGGUGGAAGAUCCCGAUGAGUCUGGCAAGAGAUCCAAGGGAUCAGAACGACCUCCAGAGCCUGCUGAAGGACCAGUCAAAAGGGAAGAGGAGUCGCCCAAGAGAAAGCCCAGGAAGUUGCCGUUGCCACGGCAGCCAAUGGGUCCACCUCCACCUCCUCCGAAGCAGGAGUCGCGCACUAAGGAAGAGAAAGGGCCAUCACCUCCAAGAGAGGAGCCUUCCCGAAGGUCGGAGCGCCGCAGCGGAGACCGUGACAGAGAUGAGCGCCGUGAAGGCCGUGGUGACGAUCGCGGUCGGCGAGAUGAAGGUCGCGGAAACCGAGAUGCUGAUGGAGGCCGAGACAGAAGGAAGGACGAAGACCGAUCGAGGAGAGGACCUCCAAGGGAGGAUGAGAAGAAGAAUCCAGCCAAGAAGAGCAAGGCUGGGCCGCCGAGCGGUGGCGGUGGUGAUGGAGGCGAUGGACCUGAUGACAGCAGCUAUACAUAUAGCUAUGAAGAAGAGUCUGGGGAGUCGGAGCAACAGACCCCAGACCCGUCAGUCCGAGGAUCGACAGCCGGCAGCGCCCGGUCACAUCGGUCACGCCGCUCCCAGCCUGGCAGCGCCAGAUCGGGAGGGUCCCGCCACCGAGGAGGACAAGGUUCUGAAGCAUCCACGGUAAAGACACUUGAGCUGCAGGAGAUGCUGCAGAAUGCUGCCAAGAAGCAACAGCCGGAGCGCUCGAAGCCGGCUAUCAGCCAAGUCAAGAUAGAGCCGUUCCGCGGCAACAGGGACAAGUACCGUGACUGGAAAAAGAUGCUGGACGCGCAAAGAGCGUUGUACCGGCUUGACGACUAUGAAAUGGCUCUCCUGAUUUACAUCAGCUGCGAAGGCGAAGCUCGCCACGAGAUCUCGGAGAUCCAAGGCGAGAGAGGGCUUCAGAGAGUUCUCCGUCUUCUAGAAGACGCCUUUGGUUCCCGUGCAGACGAGCGAUUUGAGCAGAAACAGGAAGCGUUGCGCGAAGAGUACUUGAAAGAAGACGAAGGUACGGUCAUUUCAGACCGUGCUUUUGCACAGAGGAUGCUGGGCAGAGCAGCAUUGACACGGCGUGAACGCUACGAUGUGUUCUUCAGCGCAGGUGGCAAAUAUGUGAGCAAACGCAUAGAAAAGGUGCUGCGCUUCAGAUGCUCAGACAUCCACGUUCAGGAGAAGCAACAGUCUCCAAAGCCGAGGACUGCAACCGGCAGCUCCGGAUACAAAAAGCCCUUCGCAAAGCGGCCGAGCCAGCAGUAUGCGAAGAGGACAGACCGCCGUAGCCCAUAUCGCCCAUCCAGGCACACUCAUCUGGCCGAGAACGCGGACGAGGAAGAAGACCCGGAUGAGGUCGAUGAGGAAGACCUAGAGCAAGAAGCUCUGAUGGCCAACGAUGAUGAGCAGGAUGAGGGUGAUGAGGGGGAGUACUACGACGAAGAGGAGGAGGAUGAUCGCUAUGAUCAAUAUGAUGAGGAAGAUGAGACAGGCACUACCUGGGAGCUGAAGGAGGCUUUUGCGGCCGGAUGGUCUGCGAAGUCAAGAGCUGCCGGGAAGAAGAAGGCCCGGGGCUACUCAGAUGGCCCAUCCUCCUCGAAAGGCGGUGGAAAAGGGAAGCAGCGCAAAGAGUGGCGCGAUCCCAAUGAGCGUAAGAAGAAGUCCCGUUGUGCAGCAUGUGGACAGAUCGGCCACUGGCAUUCCGAUCCGCAGUGCCCCAGAACAGUGGUGCCAGUGGAGGGACAAACCCUUCAGGGACAGGAGCCAACUUCACUGGAGCAGUCUCCAGUACCCCUGCCAAUGAUGACAAGGAACCCCCGUGUUUCACGAGUCACCUGGACGUUCGUGAAUGGCUGGGACAUGGUUGGGGAGUACUCCAGUGCAUCCGAUGCACUUCUCACGUCUCCUGAAGAGUCAAGCGAAAGUGAGGCCGAGCCGGCCAUAUACAGCAAGGCGUCUGAGCCACGCGCCAAAGCCGCGGCAGCGCCGCCGGCCACCAAGUAUAAGGUGGAUUUGAAGAAGGUGUUGCGAGCUUAA